CGUGAAUCUCACCGCCACAAUUGCUAUAAAAUCCAGCGUUCUCAGCACUAACGUCCUCGGUCAAGCACAGCAACCACUGGUCGUGAUCGACGUUACGAGCUCCAGGUUGAAGUGGUUCUGACUUCUGCUUACUCUCACGAUGUCCGAGUCGAAGCCUAAUCCGUAUGCAAAGAAUAAAGUGGCUGCCGGUGGCGAUGACUUCGUAAAGAGAACUGUGACGCGUCUUCAACAGAUCCAGUCUCAACUUGAGACCACUCCUCGUAGUGGGCGGCUGCGGGGAAAGGUAUGUGUCAUUACGGGAGUUGGAUCCAUGCUAGGCAUAGGGAGAGCGACAGCACUACAAUUCGCUCACGAAGGAGCGGCUCGAUUGUAUCUCAUUGAUUAUGAUCCAACGAACCUACCAAACCUCAAGUCGACUAUCGAACAGAAAUAUCCCGAUGUUAAGGUCACUACGAUUCAGGCAGAUGCAACAGACGAAGGAGCAAUCUCCGGUGUCUGCAAGCAAGCCGUUCAAGAAGAAGGGCGUUUAGACGUAUUCUUUGCUAAUGCUGGCAUCGCGACGACUAAGGCAUUGCACGGCGUCACUGCGGAGGCUUUCAUGCGAACUCUCAAGAUCAACACGCUUUCCUGUUUUCUAGCCGUCAGGUAUGCCUCGGAGGCGAUGAUGAAGACAAAUCCCUCUCGUGGUAAGGAUUUCAGCGGCGGAAGCAUCAUCAUGACAGCGUCAGUCGCGGGAAUACGCUCCGGGGCUGGGCCGAUCGAUUAUAGCGCUAGUAAAGCUGCCGUGAACAACAUGGCUCAGACGGCGGCCUACCAACUCCCGAAGACCGACAUACGUGUUAAUUCGAUCUGCCCUGGCCUGAUUGAGACCGGCAUGACGGUAGACGUCUUCAAUUUCGCGCGAUCGAAAGGCGCUGGCCCAAAGAUCGGCCAGCUGAACCCAUUAGGACGUUACGGCGUUGCGCAAGAGGUUGCAAAUGUAGUGACAUUUCUUGCCUCUGAUGAGAGCAGUUAUGUGAACGGCCAGAACAUUGCAGUCGAUGGCGGCCUUUCGAGCUCCGUCCCUGUCGUGCCUGGUAGAUGGUCUUAAGCGUUGUUGCGAAGUGUCAUGCGCCAAUUUGCCGUUGGCUGGAUCAGAUUGAUCGGUAUCUCGUAAGCACGCUAUCUUGACGUCCUUUGUAGUUACCGUUGGUGCGGUACCCUUUGUAUCCUCUAUGGUACAAUCACGUUCGUCCGAAAGUCAUGAUGAUAUGACUCGUGAACAGGUCAUCGCAUUGCUCUCCGUUGAUGCAAAGGAUACAUAUGACGGCUCAUAUAUGUGGAAGCUAUCAUCCAAAAUGCAAUUCCAUGGGAAC